AGAACAAAUAUCAGUGUCACACUCAGAUCCUAUCCCCGUAGAAACACUAGAAAAACACAUCUUCCCUCCCCUGUACAUCAAAGCAGAAAAAUCAACAUUUAUUUGCAAUAAAAAAUGAGAGAAAUUCUUCACAUUCAAGCUGGCCAAUGCGGUAACCAAAUCGGAGGAAAAUUCUGGGAAGUAGUCUGCGAAGAGCAUGGCAUCGACGCCACCGGAAACUACAAGGGAGACUCUCAUGUUCAGCUGGAGAGGAUCAAUGUGUACUACAAUGAGGCUAGUGGUGGGAGGUAUGUGCCAAGAGCUGUCCUGGUGGAUCUGGAGCCUGGAACUAUGGAUAGUUUGAGAACAGGGCCUUAUGGCAACAUUUUUAGGCCUGAUAACUUUAUUUUCGGACAAAAUGGUGCUGGAAACAACUGGGCCAAGGGUCAUUACACUGAAGGAGCUGAACUUGUUGAUUCUGUUCUUGAUGUUGUCCGAAAAGAGGCAGAGAAUUGUGAUUGCUUGCAGGGUUUUCAAGUCUGUCACUCAUUGGGAGGAGGUACUGGAUCGGGGAUGGGAACGCUAUUGAUAUCAAAGAUCAGGGAAGAGUAUCCGGAUCGGAUGAUGUUGACAUUUUCAGUCUUUCCAUCGCCCAAAGUGUCUGAUACUGUGGUGGAACCUUACAAUGCCACCCUCUCUGUCCACCAACUGGUUGAAAAUGCUGAUGAGUGUAUGGUGCUUGAUAAUGAAGCUCUCUAUGAUAUCUGUUUCCGGACACUCAAACUCACUAAUCCCAGCUUUGGUGAUUUGAACCACUUGAUCUCCACAACGAUGAGUGGUGUGACAUGCUGCCUCCGUUUCCCCGGCCAACUCAACUCGGAUCUCCGAAAACUUGCUGUAAAUUUAAUCCCUUUCCCUCGUCUUCACUUUUUCAUGGUUGGUUUUGCGCCUCUAACUUCCCGUGGAUCUCAACAAUACCGCUCCCUCACCAUCCCUGAACUCACUCAACAAAUGUGGGACUCUAAAAACAUGAUGUGCGCUGCUGAUCCUCGUCACGGACGUUACCUCACUGCUUCUGCUAUGUUUCGAGGCAAGAUGAGUACCAAAGAAGUUGAUGAACAAAUGAUCAAUGUACAGAACAAGAACUCCUCAUACUUUGUUGAGUGGAUUCCUAACAAUGUGAAGUCAAGUGUUUGUGACAUUCCUCCAACAGGGUUGGCUAUGUCUUCCACGUUUAUGGGGAAUUCGACGUCGAUUCAAGAGAUGUUUAGGCGUGUUUCGGAGCAGUUCACUGUUAUGUUUAGGAGAAAGGCGUUUUUGCAUUGGUAUACUGGAGAAGGAAUGGAUGAAAUGGAAUUUACCGAGGCUGAAAGUAACAUGAAUGACUUGGUUUCGGAGUAUCAGCAGUAUCAAGAGGCUGUCUCUAAUGAAGAUCAAGACGAAGAUUAUGACGAAGAGGGGAUGGAGAAUUGAGAUUGAAGGAUCUGAGGUGGGAAAUAAGACAACACCUAUAUGGUGUUGUAAUAUGGCUGUUCUCUUUGUAUGUUCAGUGAAGCAUCUGUUCCUCUUCCAUUUUGCUUUUAAAUUGUUAUUGUUAUUAUUUUAUAAAAUUGUCAAUUCUCUUUUUGUU